AUGCGCCAAUUCCUUUUUCUUUCAAUUCUUUUUGCCAUACCGUACACUUGUCGUGCUGGAUGUUAUCAGAGGCGAUUGUGUUGUACGGGUAGGAACAAUACUUGCAAAGUGAGUCGAAAAAAGAAGAUUUUAGAUGAAUUGGUGAAAAAUGAAAGAGGCGUAGACGAUGGGAUUUCCCAUCUUCCAACGGUCAGCACAAUUCACAACGAAGAAGCACAAACAUUCCAUCAACGGCCGACGAGAGUUGAAAAAGAAUACUACUCUCCUCACUACGAAUCUUCUGGCGAUGGAUACGAUUUAAUUUUUCCAGAUGUUUACGAUGGAGAAAAUGACCAAAAAAUCGGGAAACUCGUACUUCCAGACGUCAUUGAAAUGGAAGGAUCCGGAGCUGACAAGGUUUACGAAAGAUAUGGACUUGGAAGUGGCGACGGAGAACCAGAACCUGUUAAAGAGAUUCCAUUGACCACGGCUGCUCCCAGUUUGUUAACUCUGAUAUUCGGACAAAAGAGGAAUCAGAGGAAUCCACCAGAAGAGAUUACGCGGUAUAGCGAGAAGCCUAGACAUCUUCUAAUACGAUACUCGUUGCUUUCCAAAUACAUGCCAUUAAAAGUGACCUCCUCUCCACUUCUUUAUGAAGAAAGCCGGGUUCAGCCAGUCAAUGAUAACUUGUAUUAUCUGGAAAGUUCUGUCAGUGAAUGUUAUUGUGAUGAGCACUGUGUGACACUUGGAGAUUGCUGCUCGGAUUAUACAUUUGUAUGCCCUCCAAGAGACUGCGUUCUCACUGAUUGGGAUCAAUGGACUCAAUGCAAAGCUGAUAAUGGAACAUGUGGAAUUGGAACUCAAAAAAGAUUAAGACAUGUUAUACAACAUGCGGAAAGAGGCGGAGCUGCUUGUCCACCGUUGAAAGAAAUGAAAACUUGUUUCAUCGAUUGCAAGCCAAAGAAAUCGGCGCUAGAUGAUAUAACAACGGUCGCUUUGAUUUUGGAUUACAAGUACAAUCAAACAAGAGCUAAAACUGGCCGAAACAAUAUUUACUGGGACCUUCCGAAUAUUGCCGAUAAAGUAAAAAAGGCAUCUUUCUACUGUGUGCACUAUUCCAUCGAAUGGGUAAACCGUAACUGUGUAUCUCGUCUUCUGAACAAAGGAUUGACUGAAGGAAGUGUUAUGUGUGCAGAAUGCCAACCAGAAGCCACGUAUCACAGGAACACCGGAAGAUGUGCUUCUGACUUGGACGAUGGAGAUCAAGGAUUCUGGAAGCUGAUCGGACCACAAUCUUGCAAUGGAAUCUGGACAAGAAUCAAUCGAACCGACAAUUGCCAGUGCCAAGUACAGUAUCCCCAGAAUCACCCAUUUCUCCUUGUCUAG